AUGAGAAGAAACUGCAACUUGGAACUUCGCCUUGUCCCGCCUUCCGCCGCCCUCCAACCGGCGGACUUCGAGGACGACCAACCCCGCCUGCGGCCCAUGUUGGAUUUGCGAAGAGGGAGUCCGAAGGAGAGAGAUGAACAGCAGCAGCAACAGCUUACCAUUUUCUACAACGGAAAUAUCAGUGUAUGCGACGUCACAGAGCUCCAGGCUAGAGCCAUAAUACUGCUUGCAAGUAAAGAAAUGGAAGAAAGAGUGAAGAGCCCCAUGGGAUCGGAGCCCUCUUCGCCAUUGAUACAAUCUCCAUUGUGUAGCCCUAACAGCGGUCUUUCCAUGAAGAGAUCUCUACAACGCUUCCUGCAGAAGCGACAGAACCGAAUUCAGUCGACAUCCCCUUAUCAUCACUAG